ACAUGCCUCUGAGAGAUUAAUUCUCACAAUUUCGAUAGUGGAAAAGAUAGCGAGCGGUUACUAGUAUAUAAGAGACAAAUAGCUCUUACCUGCCACACAGUACCACCAUGAGAGUCUUGGCAGUGCUGGUUGCUCUCACACUCACACUCUCUCUAACAGAGAGUGUGAUGAUGUGCUACAUGGCGUCUUGGGCUGUAUAUCGCGACGAAGAUGGAAAGUUUGAUGUGGAAGACAUAGAUCCCAGCAUCUGUACUCACCUCAUCUUUGCCUUUGCUGGAAUUUCAACUACUGGAGAAAUUCAGGUACUCGACCCCUUCCAUGAACUCUGCAUGGACGGCGGGGAGUGUGCCUACGACAGGUUCACAAGCCUCAAGUUACAAAAUGAUGAAUUGUUAACCUUACUGAGUGUUGGAGGCUGGUCUGAGGGUUCUGUCAAGUAUUCUACGAUGGCAGCAGACCCAGCAAUGAGGCAGACAUUCAUCACCACCACCAUCGCUCUGCUGAAGGAACAUAAUUUCGAUGGUCUAGACAUUGACUGGGAGUUCCCAACCAUGAGAGGCGGGUUGCCAGAAGACAAGGAAAACUUUGUGACUCUGUUGAGCGAGGUUCAUGAGGCACUGCAAGCAGAAGGUAUGAUCCUGACAGCUGCCCUGAGUUCUGGGAAGGAUACAAUAGACGAGGCCUACGACGUGCCUGGCAUCGCUGAGCACCUGGACAUUGCCAACAUUAUGACCUACGACUUCCACGGUACUUGGGAGAACUUCGUGCACCACGCUUCGGGCCUCUACCCUUACUCCGAGGACGUCGACAACGCCAGGUUCCUCAACACGGACUUCGCCAUCAACUACUGGGCAGAGAAAGGGAUGCCGAGAGACAAGAUGGCACUGGGUGUUCCUCUCUACGGCACUUGCUGGACUCUGGACGACCCCACCCAGACAGACUACUACUCACCAGCCAGUAAUCCUGGUGAACCAGGUCCUUGGACCCAGGCCAGCGGCAUGUUGGCUUAUUACGAGAUCUGUUACGGCCAGCAGACAGAGCCAGACGCGUGGGUGAUCCAGACAGCAGAGAAUUUGACUGAGCCAUACACUUACCGGGACGAUCUCUGGUGCUCCUACGAGAACUACACCUCUGCGGCUAACAAGGCUAACUAUGCAAGGGUGCACGGUCUGGCCGGCCUGAUGGUGUGGAGCAUCGACAUGGACGACUUCCAUGGCUACUGCCACGACGAAACCUUCGACCUCAUCAGGAUCAUGAAGCUGGUGUUCAAUAGGUGUUAAGUUCAUGACGCAUCGACCUUAUCAGGAUUAUGGUGGUGUUCAAUAGGUGCUAAGUUCAUGACGCAUCGACCUUAUCAGGAUCAUGGUGGUGUUCAAUAGGUGCUAAGUUCAUGACGCAUCGACCUCAUCAGGAUCAUGGUGGUGGUAUUCACAAGGUGCUCAGAAUACUAGACUUUCGACGUCAUUAGUAUCAUGUUGGAGGCAUUAACAGAGGCCUAUAAGUUCGUUAAAAUCAGAUUGCUCAAAUUGUAAUGACACCAUUAAUUCUUACCUGAUUAUAUUUCCUUGUUCCCUAACAAUUUGUGGAAUAUUCUGAAUACUAUGCAUAGCCCAUUUUUAUCAGGGGUUUCUAACUCAAUAAAUAUGCAACUAAU